GGAGCUCGAAGCAUAGGGGCGCCUGCGCACCCGGCGGCUCACUGGGACGUUGCCUACUGACCUUUUCCGGAAACUUGCUGUUGGGGGGUUGGGGGGGGGUUGUGGAGAAACAGUAGUUGGUCUAUCAGCGAUCAGGGGACUGCAACAGGUUCGACGCAGAGGACCAACCUGCAAUUCCGACUUUCAGUGGUGGGUUGGGUUCUCCCCGCCCCUACUCCGGCGCCUCCCAAGCGCCGCUCUCCGGCACAAAGCCCGCCCACUGCAUGCGCUGAGCCACCACUUCCGCCCUCACCUCCCUCCAAGCAAGAUGGCUGAGGAGCCGGAGUCUGCGCUGCAGCUCCCUCCCUCAAUUGCUGCUGAAGGUGAAGGACCCACGGAGGUCUCCCCAGAAACAGCCACUCCGGAGCCCCCAUCUUCCGCUGCAGUCUCUCCGGGAACAGAGGAACCUGCCGGUGACACCAAGAAGAAAAUUGACAUCCUGCUAAAGGCUGUGGGAGACACUCCUAUAAUGAAAACAAAGAAAUGGGCUGUAGAGCGAACCCGAACCAUCCAAGGACUCAUUGACUUCAUCAAAAAGUUCCUUAAACUGGUGGCUUCAGAACAGUUGUUUAUUUAUGUGAAUCAGUCCUUUGCCCCCUCCCCAGACCAGGAAGUUGGAACCCUCUAUGAGUGUUUUGGCAGUGAUGGUAAACUGGUCCUGCAUUACUGCAAAUCUCAGGCAUGGGGAUGAGCUACAGAGGAAAAGAUAUUGCUAACUUAAAAUGAAGUCUUCACAAGGAAAAGCUCUGAAAAGUUUUGAUCUUGUGGCAAGAGACUUGUGGAUGUGAUCUCUUCAGCAUGCAUCUACUGUGACCAUGUCUAUACAUUUAAAAUAUCCACAGAGUAGAUGGACUCACAAAAAUGUGAUUUGUAUUAAAACACAAAUCAGCAUAAAAGAUGGACAUUAGGGUUUACCCAUUACUACAACUAUUGCUCCCAGAGCUGCCUCCAAAGUAUUGAAAGGAGACUAAGAUUAUAUAAGCUGCUUUUGUACCACUUCUCAAAAUGACUGAAAUUGUUUACUUGAAAAAUUAGCACUCUGCUGAUUCCCCCCACCACCCAUAAAAGUCAAUUUAUUAAAGAAUUCUUUUGGGGCUUAUUCAGGGGAGUGCAAUUUGUUUGAGGUAUGUGAUAUGCCUUUUCUCGUUUACAUUUCUAUCUACAGUGUUACGUUGUGAAACAAAGUUGCAUUGACCUGCUGGCUUUAUACCUUGCAUAGUCCAGUAGAGGGCAACCCAGCUGGCAGGAAGAGUUAGGCAGUUUGGUUUUACCUCUUUGCCAGAAGAUAAUAGCUAUUCCUGCUAAUUUCUAGCAAACAUCUAGCCAAGAGAGCACACAUGUUGACACACCGGAAGAUGCUUUAGAGAAAAAUUUGUGGUUUCAGUUUAACUGUUUUAUUGGGAAACAAGGAAUUUUACAGAUUUUGGACAAAUGAGUCAUCUAACUAUUUUCAAUCUUAUCAUGUAAUGAUUCUUGAGUCCCAGUGGUUAUAACUGUGGUAUUAAUCUCUCUCUUACUUUUACAGUGUCGAAAGCACUCAAUGAGUAAACGAGGCAGCAUCUUUCAGUUUUUUAUAAUGAAUUUUCCAACUUGAAAAUACCCAAAGAAUAAUUGGAAAAUAGCUAGAUUUUAUGUGUAUUUCAUGCCAUGACUAAAAGUACCAUUUUUUACUGAUGCUAUUAAACUGAUAAUUGCUUUAAAUAAGAUUUAACCUUUUUUCUUCAUUCUGUAUUGUAUUUGUAAAACAGCAUUUUUUUAAAAAAUCCAAUAAAUUGAAUGGAAUGUUCAAACAGGAUCUAAGGUGUAUGCAAGAAUUCUAAGUGUUUAUUUUCGAAGGUGAUGAGAAUGAUAUGAUUUUGUCAAAGGACUUUGAACUACACUUAUGUCCUUUAAGUCCCAGAAUGUACUUUAUGGUUAAUGAUCUGCCAUACAUUAUCAUUAAGGGAUGCUAAGGAAAGUUCAGUUUAAGGUGAUGAAAUCACUGUUCAGUUCUCAUUCUUCUGCCCGAGAACAAAUUGCUCAGUCCCCUUAUAAUGAUGUCCCUGUUUAAUAAAUUAAUGCAGCUAGUAUUUAGCACUGAAAUAAUACAGGUUUGAAUUGUGUAAAGGCUAAGUAAGAAAUUAGGACGGUAUGUUGAAAGCUGGAAAGAAUAUUAUUUUCAGGUCAAAUAAGUUGAAUAUGGGAAGGAUCUGUUCUCUAGUUUGUGCUCUUACAGUUUACUGAAGGAUAUGAAUAUAUUUAUAUGCAUAUAUAUUUAACAGAUAGCAAAAAUGUGUUUAAUCUA